CGCGCGGGGCAGAGUUUAAAGCGGUAUGCACUCUCCCUGCCUGCUCUCGAGUGUGGGAAGGCGUCUUUGGGCCUGGCCUUCCCCCCCUUUUCCGUCGCCGCUGAGGAGAGGAAGGAAGGCAGGAGGGCGGGCAGGGACGGCGUCGCCUGAGGCAACAACAUGCCGCCUGGGCCUUCCUUCUCCUCAGGGUGAGGCGCCUCAGGGAGCGGGGGACGCGGGGCGGGCGCCUCAGCCGCCAUGAGGGGCGCCGCCGAGGAGCUGGAGGGCUUCGACGGGGAGGCCUCGAGCAGCUCCAUGAUCUCGGGCGCCAGCAGCCCCUACCAACCCACCACCGAGCCCGUCGGGCAGCGGCCUGGCCUCAGGGGACUCCGCUGCGACGCCCAGUACCUGCGAGGCGCGCCUGGGAGGCUCAAGGUGGCGCAGACGGUUUUGGCACUGAUUUCCUUUAUCUGCAUAGAGACAAUAAUGGAAUGCUCCCCUUGUGAAGGCAUUUACUUCUUUGAAUUUGUCAGCUGUAGUGCAUCAGUAGUUACUGGAGUUCUGUUACUUAUGUUCUGUUUAAAUCUCCAUGCAAGAAUACCACAGAUCAACUGGAACAUUACAGAUUUAGUCAAUACUGGACUCUGCACUUUCUUUUUUUUCAUUGCAUCUGUAGUACUUGCGGCACUUAACCAUAGAAAAGGAGCAGAAAUUGCAGCUGUGAUAUUUGGUUUCUUAGCAACUGCAGUCUAUGCUGUGAAUUUAUUUCUAGCCAUUAAAAAUUGGAGAAUCAACAACCAACAGCAAAAUGGCCGACAAACCAGUGAUUAUAUGCGCGCUCGGACAGAAUCCAGAGACGUAGAUCAUCACCCAGAGAUUCAACGUCUUGAUGGGUGAAAAUAACAUGCAAAUUGUGAUGUCUGUGAAGAAGGAAACAAAAUAGAAGCCUGCGGACCAUUUAAAAUACUAGUGUUCACUUUUUUAUGAAAUGAAGGAGGAGCAUAUGGUCACCAAGAGUACUGGCAUGUACAGUGACUAGAAGAAGGAUUGAGAAGUAAUUGACAUGAAGGCUCUAAAGAUUGACCUUUUCAAAUGAAGAUAUUUGUGUAUAAAGGAGGAAGAAGAGGAGGAAGAGAAGGAUUGUUUGCAGUGAAAAACUCUCUUGGUGCACGUUGUUUUGUUGACUUAACAGACCCAGAGAAAAGAAACUUGGUAUCCUGUCUACAUUUCCACCAUCCAGUAGAAACAUCAAUUAAAAUUGGCAAAAGCUUCUGCUUUUGAAAGAGCAUCCAAUAGAUACAAUGUACUGGGGAGACAGAUAGCAAUAACAUAAAACCAGUUACAUGGUUACACAACUCCAUAUAUUUCCCUAACAAGGUUUUCCAAAUAUUUUUUGUUCAUACACUCUGCUAUUUAUCUGCCACAAAGAGCUAUGUCAAACUUUUAGCUAGAGGAUUAUGUAAACGACUUUCUAAACUGCAAACAAAGCACAAAGAUCACUCCAGGUAUGAACUAAGAUUUACCUUCUGUGUCUAGUACUUUAAUUUCCUUUUCCGCUAUGACAAAGGAUAAUGCAAAGUUGGUAUUUUUGUUUCUCAAAACAUACAAAAUGAAACAUUUCCCAUUUUUAUUUACUCUUUGGAAGAUUCAGUGUGAUCUGUUUAAGAAACAUUUGCUUCAUAUUCAUGUACUACUCUAUUUCUGAAAUGGCAAAAUUCCCGUGAAAGCUUAAUUUGUUUGACUGAAAAUUUCAACUGGCUAAAUUAAUCUGAUUUGUGUAUUUGGAUUACACUGGUUUGGCUGAUUUAAGUGAAGGUAGCUAAAUAAUACCUUUUAAGGCAUGAAAGUUAAUCUAUGGACUGUAUGAAUAAGUGUUCACAGUGAAGACUUCUUUUGCCACAGUGAUAGACAGAGUCGUAUUUCUGUGGUCUAUUUAUUUUGCUUACAUCUGUAUAUAACUCGAUUUAUUCCAUUUCCCACCAUGAUUUCAUGGGGAAAGUAAUGCACUCUGAGAAUAGGGAAUUUGGAGCAGGUGAUUGGGCUCUCCUUUGCAUCAUGUUUCAUUUGUCUUCCAUUUGAUCAACCACAAGGUUAUUAUGUAAAUUUAGUAAGAUCUGAUGCUCAUUUUCCUCAAAAUAUCAGGAAUGUUUUUCAAGUGAUGGUGAAGCAGCCCAGCCUUCCCCAACAUGGAAAGCCAGAAGGUAGAAUUGCUGAAUACCACUAAUUGUAGGGUGGUUGUGAACUGUGUCAGAUGGUGAUGUUAAUGCUCCAUAGUUUUUGCAUGAUAUCAUCUUACUUACAAUCUUUCUGGAUUGUAAAAGCACAUUCACACACUUGAGAUGCUAAUCUGUUCAGUUUCUGUUAGCCUUCAUAGCACUUGAAGUCAACUUCAUCUUACUUGAAACUCUGUCAGCCACUCAAGGCCACGUGUGGUGUCAGUAUCAGCAAGUAGAACAAAAUAUUCAAGUCUUUAAGACCAAUAUUCUGCACUAAGAAGAUAAGAGUGUAGCAAGGAGUUAUUCCAGACUUGCAAUUCCAGACCUUGCAAAUGUGCAUGUGUAUUGCAUUCAAAAUGCCCAGCAUGCAUCAGUGUGCAGCGGAUAUGAAUAUCUAUGCACAAUAUGCAACUUUCAUACGUGCAACUUCUCUUUUGCAAUCUUGAAAUACAGUUCAUUUGUAUCAGGCAAAACUAUCCUGCUGCUUCCACAGGAGAAUUUGUGCAUAUGUAAGACACCAGAAGAAUCCUAGCCUAAGAAUAUUAUCUUUUGUUGUUUGUUUGCUUACUUUAAAAAAAAGUAAUUGUAUGAAGCUCAGGAGCUAUGCUAGAACAUAUGUUUGCUGUCCUUGGGAUCGGGGCUUCUAAUGUAUGGAGCAAAAUCUAGUCCUCUUCAAAGAUCUUAUGGAAUUGAUCCUGUUUCAUUGAUUCUAUGUCAACAUGAUAAGGUAUGUCAAAAAUGAAAUUGCAUCAUGUAUCGAAGAAUUUGCCUUUUGUUGACAAAGGAUCUGUAGGCCAAGAUAUUUUGAAAACUCAGAUCAUGUGCAGCCCUUUAAAAAGUCUUGAUUCUUUCACCAGACUUUUAAAAAGUAGGUCAAGAAACCCAAUUACUCUCUGCUGUGCCUAAAUUGGAACUGGCAUGGUGUAAUGGUUUGAGGAUUGACCCCAGAAGGCCAUGAAAGAUGGCUGUGGAGUGCUUAUGUGGACAGGAUUAAUGCUUCAGCAAUUUCAGAAAUACACAGCUCCAAGUGAAAGUAGUAAACAAAUGCCUCCCCCGGCAAGAAAAGCAUGGUGUUCCCAUGGAACGCUCCAUGCCCUCUUUUAUCUUGCUCUGGUAAAGUCAAGCGCCAACCAGCUGUUUUCAAACAGCGCAUUUCACCAGAGGAGUGAAGAAAAAACUCCUUGGUUCAGAUGGAUUUGGAAUCGGUGGAGCUUUGUGGACUCCUUUGCAGCUUGCUACCAGUUUAUGGGGGUCCUGUGUAGGCACUCGAAAGCAAACUGUAUUUCUUAAAUCCACAUUUGGCCCAGAUUAAUUGGCUGUGUGAAAGCAGCCAGAAUUAAAUAAUACACUUUAUUUAUGAAGUAUGAUAUAUAGUUUGUGAUGGUGUAUAUGCUUAAGUCUUCACUUAACUUGAGAAGAAUUGUUGGAUGCCUUUGUGUUAUCUGAAUUGGUGUCUUCUCUUACGCUUUAGAUAUCAUCAUGCAUAUAUCCCAUUUUAAAUAUGGUAAAAUAUGUAAUCAUGUUACCCAAAUACAUAACUUCAGUUAUCCAAUGACUGGGUGGAAAUGGCCUUUUGAGGAAUAUCUAGAUUGCCCAAUGCAAUUCUGUGGCAUGCUGGGACUAGAAGUCAUGUUAUUUAACGGCACUUGGUUGUACUUUCGCAUGGAAACCUAUCCCCUCUGAGUACUGCUGUACAUAGUUUGGCACAGCGACCUUGAUUAUUAUAUUACUGGACUUUGUGUUUUUAGGAUUAAUCCAUUUCUUCCCCACAGUUUUCAUAGAAAAAAUUUCAGUGCAAGGCUGCUCAAUUUUGUGUUUUUUUAGUUAAUUUUGAAAACACAAGAACCCAAAGCAAAAUGCAGAUAUUCAGGUUUGAGGUUGUUGUGCUUAGAGCUGGUUGCUAUGGUGGUACAAAUAAUCACGAGAGAAAAACAAAUUGGUGGUAGAAUAUCUCAUUUUUGUAACCUAUUGCAGAAUGCAUAUGGAUUGGGUAGCAGAAAAGCACAUGGAGUCUAACUUGUAACUACAUAGUUUUAUCUGAUAUUUUUUGCUACCUGCCUUCCAGAGCUUUCACUCUAUCCAAGGUUACUUUGAAACAGCUGUUUAGAAGUGUAGCAUUUUAAUGUUUCUCUCUAAGUACGUUUUGACUAGACUGAGAGAGAGUGGCUUUUAAUAUGAUUGAAGCUGCUGAGUCUUAUCUCAUUUACAGUCAUGAUUUUCUUUGGACACGAAAGUCUUCCAUAUUCCUUUCCAUUACUCAGUCUGAAACCAUGCAUAAGACAAAAAAGUUUCCCUCAUUUUAAUCUUCAUUUAUAUACCCAUUUGCCAGUGGAACUUGCUUUUGAGUAGACAUGCACUUCAAGUUUUUGUUAGGGAAGUUUCAUUUUGCAGGAUUUGAAAGAUCCCAUAUCUUGACAUUUCAAUCAAACUAGACCAAGUUUGGCCAGAAGCCUCACCAGUAGAAUAUCCUGGUUCUGUUUUUCCAUGUUUCGUUCAGUUCUGUCUUUGUCCCUUGUGUCUGUGUUGGCAAUGAAUGUACUUCCUUGUUGGUACCCUGGAUGGCCAGGGCACUCGGUUGGGUGCAAAGAAUGGCAGCUUGCCUGGGCAAAAGCAUGCCUUGGAUUGUAACUCGUUUGGUUCACUUUCUGAUCUCUCCCAUAGACUUCUUCAGUCAGAAGAAAUGAUGCACUUAAGUUGUCUUCUGUAGACAAUUUUCCUCUUCUGCAUUAUUGUGGACAGAACCUAUUUGUAUAUAUUGAAAUUUAUGUAACUGUUAUAAUACAAUAAUGAAAUGGUAAAUUGUAUAUUUAUUACUCAUUGUAUUGUCCCAGAUUGGAUUUGGAGGAGUUGACAUGGGCUAUACCUUGUCAUACAUGUUGUCAAACAAUACCCAGUUUUACCUAGGGUGCCUUUGUGAAUAUGUGUUUGUGUGGCAUAACUGUGUCUCAGUCAAAUAGAGAUCCUUCACACUAGGGACCUCAUCACAUUAGGAAAUAUCCGUUUCUGAGACAGUUUGAGAACGGCUUCGAAUGGGUCCCAUCAUAUGAUGUUUUGCUGCAUUCCGUCAGUAAUACGUCGAAAUCUGUCUGCAAAGCAUCACAGAAAAUGGAGUAUUUUAACACUUAAAACUACGGGAUGCAUACUGAUAGAAACGGAGUGAUUCUUAUUGUAAUGUGGUCCUAGAACUAUUGUAUAACUAUUAAUAGCGACACAUUGUUGGGUGUGGGUUUUUAAAAAAUCUGUUAAAACACCAGCCUUAAUAGAAUCCUCAGGCUUUUAUUUUCAAAGUAGAAUUAGAGAGGUAUAAUCUCACUGUCUUGACAUAAUUCCAGUGUUCUUAGCAGUAACACCAUAAGCCCUUCAAUAAAGAUCUACUGGAUGUAUAUAGAAAAGGAAAUAGGUUUGCUGGCUUCGUGGUAGAACAGAAGUGAAACCGUCCACCAAGAAGCAAUGCCUGUUUUCUCGGAAUUUCCCUUCUUGGGGUAGAUUCCUCUCACUUUCUGUUGUUUCACCCCCAUUCUUAACUAUGAGUCAUUUGUAAAUUAGAUGUUUGUAACUCGGGAACUGUUACAAAUAAUACAGUUUAUGUCUGGUUUCCUUCAAUGAACUGGUACCAGAGCCCCAAGAAAGUGCAAAAACACACAGCCAGCUCUCCACAUUUGCUGGCUUUAGGGCCAUGGGAUACCUGCAGAAGUGAGAAACCCUCAAAUAAUAAAACUGCUAAUCCUUUUACAUGGGUGGACACCUCUCUGGGAAUAUCUGUUUUUUCCAGGAUGACUAUAAUCGGCAUUUCAAUCAAAUCUGCAGAAGUUAAAUCUGCAAUGUGAGGGCUGACUGUACUAUACAAGACUAUAAUAUUAAUAAUACAUAAAAUGGAAUUUUGUUGGUUAUUCCCAACUAAAAUAGGCCUAUUGAAUUCAUUGUAGAAGGAUGAAUCCCGCUGAUUCAAUAUGUCUUUCCUAAUCUAGGGUUAAUCAUAGCAUUUAGACCCAAAUUGCAAAGGGUAUAUAAAUAACAGCAAUGUAAACAUGGAAUUGCGAAGUUCAUCUUUAAUGGGAAAUCAUUCUAUUAUAUAAGUAAUGAAAAAGGGUUCCACAAACUGAUUAUACAAAUGCAGCACGAUAAAGGCGAUAGUGGGAAAUGAAGAGAUACAGAAGCACCUUCUACACUUCCAUGUCAUACAGAUUAUCAAAGCAGAUAAUCCACGUUAUCUCUUUUGAACUGGAUUGUAUGAGUCUACACUACCAUAUAAUGCAGUUCAAAUCAGAUAAUCUGGAUUUUAUAUGGCUGUGUAGAAGGGCUCUGAGAAAGCAGGUUUCCUGACAAGAAGCUGAAAUGAGAAAUUGCAGUAAGACAUAGGGACAAAAAGUUAUAUUAAGAAAGAUUUGGCAGAAGCUCCAUAUGGAAGCAUUUGAAAUUUAGCCGCUCUUUGGCAUUCACAUUGUUUUUUGAGGGAAGAAAACAAUUUUCUCUAAAAAAAACCUCCUAGAAUUACACAUUCCAGUCCCUUACUGUGGUUUUCAGAGCUUAUAAAAUACCAAGGAAUUAUGGCUAUUUGGAGGAAGAUACUAUUGAAAUAGGAGAAUAUCCAGAAGCCUGUAUCUGUCAAUUUGUUAAUGCAAUUAUCCUAUCUCUGUUCACUUGUUAAAACAGUUUCUCUUAUGGUUUGCUUCUUGAUCCUGAACUUGUUAGAUUUUGGUUCUCAUGUUGCAUUCAUCAUUGUGCUUGUAAUCAAUCAAUUUAUCUAAUUAUUUAUUAAUACCAAUAUGAUAAAAUCCUUUUCAUUAAUAUACAAUUUUUCAUUCCAAAGUUACAUAGUUAUAAUUAUUUAUAUCCCUUUAGUGUCUUUAGUCUUGAUUAUUUUAUUACAGUUGUGUACUUUUGAUCAUUUUUGUGUGAUACUUGUGGCACUCCAAAAGACUGGUUUCACAAACCAAACUCUUAUGGACCAAAAAUACUGUCUCAGUUAAUUGUAAACUGUCUUCUUUUUUAUUUGCAUUAUUUGUUCUUCAAGGUGGCGUUUGUCAAUUUGUCGUCUUAUGUAUUUGCAAGUCAAAUUUGGUUUGCUGGAUAGUAUACAAGAUACUGUGUUACCUUAACAUCAAAGAGUAGAUAUUAAUAUCUUGCUUAAUGCUGUACAUUUCCAGUCAGUAUCAAUGACAAGGAGCUCAGAAAUGGUCUCCAGAAAUAAUAGUAUUUUAAUUGUUCCAGAGAUGGUUUUUUUGUAUUGCGCUAAGUAGAAUAUGCCCAGUUUUCCUUUUUGGCAGCAUUCAUGUGCCCUUUAUCAUUCUGUCUAAAAUUGCUGGAUCAUGUAAAAUAAAUAUCCAUUCUGAUUACAUGAGAGGGCUAGAGGCAUGACCCCACAGUACUAAACAUUCUUGGAUGCAGGUUUUGCAGAUUUAAAUGUUCUUAAGAAUUCUUACUUCCAAAUAACUGUGGUUAUAGUCAUGUGCUUAGAGCACAUACCUAGUUCUGUCUGAACAAAAAUAGCAAAUGAAAUGCUGGGUCCUUAACUGCGAUCAUGCUUAGACAGGACAGAAUGCUGCAGUCGUAGAGUUGUUACAGUUGCAGCCUUAGCUUAGACUGAGUUUAACUUCAGUUAAGCUGGCUUUCAACAGGGGCAUUUAGUCUAAGAUAGUCUGACACAUAGAUGGAUCAGUUUAAAUAGCAAAUCACAGCACCUCCUCACAAACCAUGUACCUUUAAACCAGUGGUUCCCAACCUUUUCUUGACCAUUUUGACCAGGAACCACUCUCCAACAUUAGUACCAAAAGGGUUACAAAUCAGUUUUUGGCCAACUUUAGAUUUGGUUUGGUUAUUUGUGGUGCUGAUUCAGAAAAUGGCAUUGGAUAGACCACGUCAGUUAUAGUUUCUGAUACAGAACAUAGGCCAUCCAGUAUUAGUCGCUAUCUGCUUGCCCACAGAAAACCAUAUUUAAUAAUCUAGAGCUGACGUGGUAGUAAUUUUUCGUGAGAAGUCAGCCUCUCCCCUCCUGACAUCCCCAUUGCUUUGGCACUAUAAGAGGAUUUCGCAAGACGAGUCACUCUCAUUGCUGCAUGGUUUUGAGACCACGGUGUAGUAAUGGUGAGGCCGCGGACCAUAUUUUCGUUCUUGCGGAGCACUGGUGGUCCACAGACCAUAGGUUGGGAACCACUGCUUUAAACUUACAAAACCUGCCCUCGAGGUGAUACAAUGAUUUCACCGAGAUUUAUAUCACAGCCCUUGGUUUUUGUGGGAUAAACUGAUAUUUUCUGUCCAUUCUGGAUUCUUCACUUGAAAGAACCCCUCACAAGGAUAUUGUUGGUUGCACCAGGCCUAAAAAUGCUAUUUGAAAAAGAUCCAAACUGUGUGUAUUUCCCCUUAGAGAAAUGGUGCCUUGUUUAGAGACAAAGUCUCCAGUCCCUGAGGCCUUCAGAACGUGUCCUUUCAUCAAAAGUUUUUUCCUUCAACAUUGGGACUUAACUGGACUGCAAACUGUAAAACCAAACUAAGCAUCAUGUGGCACAUGAGAUAUUCAGUGCAGCGAUUUAGCCCAAUGCUUCUGAAUCAGAUGCACAGAACGGUAGCCCCUUUCCUCACUGUGCCAAGGACUGAGAUGCCCUGUUUUUGCCCAUUGGCUGCAAUUGGCUCUUUCUUGGAAGUUGGGCAGAGACGAGGUGCAGUGGUUCAGGAGCUGCCGUUUUGAGUAGCACUGCUAUAGCUAAGGUUGUCAGGUGUUUUUUUAUUAAAAGGAGGAGCUGUGCUUUGUAAGUCUGGCUGGUUAACUUAUUAGAAAGGAUAUACUUUUAUUUCAUGAUUGGAAAAUGUUUCAUUUUUAUAUAGCAUGGGUAAGGGGGAUCUGGACAUAUUGGCAAAACAUAAGGAGUAAGUGGGCAUGCUUGAAGCUCGUUGCCACUACAGAUAAUUAUGAUAGAAUUACAGCAGAUUCAAGAUGCCAAAAAAGAUGUCAAGUACUGUAAUACCUCAUUUAAUAAAGCAGAAAGUGCUCCUAGAUAGAAAAUUUUGUAUGAGACGAAGAAAUAACAUGCGAUAGUAUUUGCAUAACUUGCUGCACAGACACAAAAUAAGCAGUUCAACAUAUUUCAGAAAACCUUUUAUUCAAAACCAACAGUAUGGAUAUGUAAAAUGAAACAACUACAUUAAGCCUUGCAUAAUAACAACAACAACAUAGAACCUUCUGGAGAUCACUUCAAGGUUUCUUCCAAAAUUUAACCGGAAACCUAUUCUUUCCCAGCUCAGGAUUUAUUAUGGGGCUUACAACAGACAUGUUGCUGCAACCCACCAAUUGAGGUCUGUCUCCUUCACCAUCCUUAUGCCUGGUCUGCUAAAAAGCAAAACCAUCUAGACAGAAAAUGAGAAAGGAAAUAAAGGGGGCGGAAUUGAUGUAAACAUAACUUUGUUAACUGAGGUAUGUUUGUAUGGUUUUCAUAAAGACACAGCCUUGUCAGUGUU